CGACCAGAGAAAACUAAGCAUGAACACCAGGUCGUUGUUGCCAUGACGACACAAACAUUAGUUUUUGCUAGCGGCCGAUUUCUCUGAAACUGAAGCCCAAACCGAGAGCUUUAUCGUUUUUUGUCGGGAAAAUAACAAAAUGAUUCCACCAGCCGAAUCACUCCUGAAAUAUGACAACCCAGUGUCGAUCAUUAAGAGCACAGACGGAAAAUCACGAAAGGGGCGCCCUCUGAGAGUGAACCCUCAGCAGCCGGCUGACUCUAGUCCCAUCCCACCACCUCCUAAACCAAAAUCCCCUUCUGCAGAGGCCAGCAAGCAGGAGAACGAGGACAUCCUGAACACCAUCCUUCCGCCCAGGACAUGGACGGAGGAUGACCAGCUGUGGGUGCAACAAGUGUCCAGUGCACCUUGCACCAGAGCCGAUGUGAUUCACCUAGAGGAGAUGCUGGACAUGAAGCUGCAGCAGAGACAGGCCAGGGUCACAGGAAUCUGCCCCGUCCGCAGGGAGCUCUACUCCCAGUGCUUUGAUGAGCUCAUCCGACAGGUGACCAUCAACUGCGCUGAGAGGGGUCUGCUGCUGUUGCGGGUCAGAGAUGAGAUUCAAAUGACUAUUGCUGCCUACCAGACACUGUAUGAAAGCAGCGUGGCUUUCGGCAUGAGGAAGGCACUGCAGGCCGAGCAGGGCAAGGCUGACAUGGAGAAAAAAAUUUCUGAUCUGGAGAAUGAAAUACAAGAGCUAAAUAAGGAACUGAAUGAACAGAGAGCGAGAUGUGAUGCUACUGAAAAGAGAGAAAAGGAAAAGCGACAGGUGGAGGAAAAGAAGCAUGCUGAAGAGAUUCAGUUCCUGAAGAGAACCAACCAGCAACUCAAGACCCAGCUCGAAGGGAUCAUUAUGCCAAAGAAGUAACGGACUCGCCAAUUUCCCACUGCAGAAUACUACUAAAUUUGUCUUUUGUUUCCAAAUGAUAUAAAGUAAUAUAAACUGCAUGAGAGUGUAAUUAGCAAAUAUUUUAUUGUUUUUCUAACAGCAUGACAUGACAAGUACAGUACAAACAAUUACUGUACAUUUCUCUUGAACAUCAAGAGCUCAUUACACCUGUAAAUGAUGAAUGAAACGUCAUUCAGUUCUGGGUUGAAGGGAAAAGACGGUUCAAAAGGCAAGAUGCAAACAGUCAAAGUGAAGUUAAGGCAUCAGGUGGCCAUUCCAUAAAGACCCUUUAACCAUUAGUUAGAUUCCAUCUUUAAUCAACUCCACAUUGCCUUUCCGGCAAAUUUAAAUAAAGUUUUAUUACAUA